UAUAGUAUUUGGUACAAUCAUGCGCAGUAACCCUCCGGUCCUAGGAACGGAGGUGAGGGAUGCGACACUAACUGUUGCUCCUGGCGGGGUCCACAGUAGGAAAAAUGGCGCCGUCCCUGAGUUCUUUGCUAACCUUAAUAGUAUUGCUGCUACUGUUGUGUGGGACUCCGGGGAUCCAAGGAUUGUGGAGACAUGUGAAGACCAUAACGGACAAGAACUGGAAGGAGUUGCUGGAAGGGGAAUGGAUGAUUGAAUUUUAUGCUCCAUGGUGUCCUGCUUGUCAGAACCUUCAGCCAGAGUGGGAAGAUUUUGCUCAGUGGGGGCAAGAUCUUGAGGUUAAUAUUGCAAAAGUGGAUGUCACAGAACAGCCAGGUCUAAGUGGUCGAUUUAUCAUAACUGCACUGCCCACUAUCUACCACUGUAAGGAUGGAGAAUUUAGAAGAUAUCAAGGCCCCAGGACUAAAGAGGACUUCAUAAGUUUCAUAAAUGACAAACAGUGGAAAAGUAUUGAACCUCUUUCUUCAUGGUUUGGGCCAGGUUCUUUUCUGAGAAGAAUGAUGGUCAAAGACAUAAACAACUACUCAGGUGAUGGAGAAAUCAGGAUGAGCAGUAUGUCAGCUCUUUUUCAGCUCUCUAUGUGGAUUAGGACUUGCCAUAACUAUUUUACAGAAGACCUUAAAAUACCAGUUUGGGGAUCCUAUGUAAUUUUUGCCUUAGCAACUUUGUUCUCGGGCCUAAUACUAGGACUUAUAAUGGUGUUUGUUGCAGACUCCCUUUGUCCUUCAAAAAGGAAUAAACCACAGCAGUAUUCUUAUUUAAAAAAACCACUGCCAGAAUCUGCCCGUCUUUUGAAAAAAUUGGAACAAAAACAAGUGGCAGAUGAAGAUCAUUCAGAUGAUGAAUUGGAGAACAAAAAUCCAUCAAAAAAAGAUUUUUCACAGACUGCAAUGAGACAACGCAUCAUCAAUCCUCUUUCACUAGUGGAUAAGUUUUAGUUCUUAGUUAAUUUGAAAGUUACUGUUUUGACAAAAGUAUGAAGAAUGAUAAUCUAACCUUUUGGUUUGAAAUAACUGACUUGUACAUUGUUAGAUGUCUUUUCAAUAAAUUUUAACAAUUGACCUUUAAAAAAUAGUAUUAGCAUCUGGAAUAGAAUCCUGCAAUAGGCUUAGAACCUGGUCUUUUUUUCUUUAAUUGUGAUUUGUUUCUAAGUAUAGAUUUAGAAUUAUAGGUAUUACUCUUUUGGAGGAUUUAAAGAGUUUAUGCUUAUCAAUUUAUUCUAGAGAAAGCAUUCAUUAUUUAUGUAAAACUUCUUAGUUGGAAAAAAUAAGGAAAACUUUUUGCCUUAAGUGAGAUUUUUUCUUAUUGUCUUCUAAAGAAAAUAUAUUUUGCAGUAAAUUUUUAUCUUUUGUAGUAAUGUAGGUCAAAUUUUCCCCAUGUCUAUAUUAAUGCUGUUAAUAAAAAUGACUGCUAUUAAUUAUACUAUUUCCUACACAUCGUAACAAUUAAUGAUAGAAACUUAGCUAUCAUAAAUUUCAUUAUUAUAAUGUCUUAAUUUCACCCAAGGUCAGCAAUUGUGGCAUUUUUUGGGUUUUUUUUCCUGUGAAGUUAAAAUAUUCCCUUCUGCAUAUGCUUUUAUUUAUUUACACAUUUUCUUACAUCCUAAAUUAUAUUUUAACUUGAUUACUCAGGGCUGAAUUUAUCUCAUUUCUUAUGAUCCUAAAGAUCCAUUUUUUUAGUCUAUGAACCUGUGAUUUUUCUGUGGUGAAGGUAAACAUUUUUCAUAUUAUUUGGCAUUUAAACUAUUGUAGAAGAAAAAGACUAUUUUGAAUUUUAUGUAAUUCAGGAAUUAAGAUAGAAAAGUCUUCUUUAUAUAAAUUUCCUUUAAAAAAGGAAAUUAAUUUUUGCAAAUGGAAAUAUUGAAAUCUGCAUAAAAUUUUAGCAUUGUCUGUUGAUACUUAAAAUCGCUCAAGUAGUCCUAUUUAAGUCUUGGGUCAUUAUUACUGUGCUUUUCAUUUAAAUUACGGGGGGGGGGAUAAAAAUUGCUGAUAAUUUGGUAUCAGAACUACUCUAGUGCAAAGAAUAUUUUAAUUUUUAAACUUCUAAGGAAAUAUUUGACUAUUUUAAAAUUAGUAUUUAGUGGUAAAUAGCAAAAAACAAAACUCCAAACCCAAGUUCCUCUACUCAGAUUGGAAAAAGCAUUUUAUAUAUUUUGUCUCCAUUAAAGAAAGUUCCUAAUUCACUUUUUCCAAGUUUAAUAUAUAUUGUCAUAGGGUUUUUGAAAUAACAUUUCCAAAUUUUUGAAAAAAGAUAUUACAUUUUUUAGUGUCUUGACUGUUAAAUCAUAAAAGUAGUUAGUUAACAUGAUUGGAGAAUCAUACAAUUUGUGUGUGUAUAUUUGCAUAUAUGUAUUCAUAUUAAUUCACAUACUCAUAUGUUCAUACAUGUAUUCCCAUGUACAUAUAUAUGAAUAGGUAUUCUUCUUAUAGAUACAUGUGUGUGUGUAUUUUCAUACUUUAGAGAGUUGAAAUCUAGAAAAUGUGACUUGAAAGAAAAAUGAAAACAUAGGGAAGACUAAAACUUUCGAUAUGCCACCAGAGAAAAAUACCUUAGAUCUCUUUCAAAAACAUUCUUCCUUUGUUGUAUGCUUGCAGUAUCUCCUUCCUCUAGGUACUGGAGACAUGAGCCUACUAACUUUUUGAUAAUAUUUUUUAAGGAUUUUCUUCUGAAAUAAUGAAUAUUCUCAUACUAAAGCCUCCUGAAUUUCAAGAAUGACCUAACAUUUGAUGUGACACUGUAUUUAAAAAUUUGUUAAAAAAUAUAUAUAUAAAUUUUUCUAAGUAUUUUACUAACAUAAAAAAAUGAAACUACUUUUUACAUGUAUAUUAAAACAAAAUAAAGCUAAUUGAUUUGUAUUUGUAAGAAAUGUUCAAAGGAAUACCUUGAAUGCAUUUAAAUGUAUAACUUUCUUGGGGAGGUAAUUUUGUUUUGCUCUUUAAUUACAUCCCAUUUUGGAUGGUAAUUUUUUUUUCCUUUCUAAACCAUUUUGUUUUUAAUGAUGCCCUGUGGAAGGAUACAAGAUAGUUGGCUAUAGUAAAGUCUUCACAUUAUAAUGGAUCAUCAUGAUUGCCAUGUAAUGGGAAUAGCUUUUUUAAAAAAAAUUCUGUCCCAACUAAGAAAACAACUUCACAGCAGACCAUGAUUUGUUUAUUUAUUUUUUGCAGAGCAGUGAGGGUUAAGUGACUUGCCCAGGGUCACACAGCUAGUAAGUGUCAAAUUCUGAAGUCGGAUUUGAACUCAGGUCCUCUGGAAUCCAGGGUGGUGCUUUAUCCACUGUGCCACCUAGCUGCCCUGGACCAUGAUUUUUAAAAGCUACAUUCACUGUCUCUGAUAUUUUUAUUUUUUCCAGAUAAUUUUAUGUUAACUGCAUCAUCUUAAUCUUUUUAAAUUAAAUUUUAUUUCAUUUUUACAACGAUUUUCCUACUCUUCUUCCCACCCUCCAUUGACAAAACAAGGAAAACCAAAACCCAUUUACAAACAUGUAUAGUCAAGCAAAACAAAUUCUCAGAUUGGCAGUGUCAAAAAAAAUCCCCCCAAAAAACUUGAAUCGGCACUCUGAGUCCAUCACCUCUUUAUCUAGAGAUGAUGUUUCAUCAUGAUUCCUCUGGAACUGUGGCUAGUCUUUGGGUUUAUCAGUUUCCUGAAUCUUUCAAAGUUGUUUGACAGUACUGUUGUUAAUAUAUAAAUUAUUUUCCAAGUACUUCUCAUUUCACUUUGCAUCAGUUCAUACAAGUUCAUACAGCUCAUACAAGUUCCCCAAAUUUUUCUCAUCAUUUCUUUCAGUGUAAUAUAAUAGUCUAUCACAUUCAUAUACUAUAGCUUGUUCAAUCAUUUCCUAUUUGGUGGGCACCCCCAACUUAUAAUUCUUUGUCACCACAAAAAAAAAAGCUGUUAUAAUUGCUUUUGUAUCUGUCUUUUUCCUCUUUCUUUGAUUGACUUGUGAUUCCCUAGUUUCUGCCAUCGUAUCCAACAACUUUUGUCAAAUAGUGAGCUUUUAUUUCAAUAGCUGGGAGAACUGGGCUAAGAUGGAGAAAGCUCCCCACUUCCGCAAUGCCUUGAUCCUCCUGGAAGAGGUGAAGGCUGAUUGGGAGAAGACUGUUGGCCCUUACCAUUAUCAGCGCCUGGCUAAGUACUAUGGCCUCUACCAAGACUUGUUCCUUGGUGCCACAUUUGAGCCCUGGGUUCCAUUGAAUGUUGCCUACAACCUGGGAGAAGAGAUGGUAAUGCCUGUGUUCCAGGGGAAUGAGGUUACCCCGACUGAGGGGUAACACCAGAGGUGACAUGAGGCAGAAAAGUGUUCACUGUGGACUUCGCUGCUCACCAAUGAAUGCCUAUGUUGCCACUUCAAUCAGUGGGACAGAUUUUUGCACCUCUGCAAAAGAUUCACUUAAUAUUUUAUCCAAGAAUCCAAGGCAUAUUGCCUCUACUAGAUGCUUUGGAGACUUCAUGAUCUUUCCAGGAAAGGUGUUUGUGAAAAACUUCACAUUUAUUCCUUACGUUUUUGUUAAAGAGUGGAGAGAUACAUUUGGAAACUGGGUGGGACAGAACUUCUCAGUUCUAAAGGUGUUGCUUUGUGGUGGCCUUGUUUGCAAUUAGAUCGGGGAAGAGAAACUUGUAACUCAACCUAGUUCACAUGAAUGUUUCUGGUAAAGACUGGUUUACAAGUAAAGUUUCCAACUACAUCUUUAACUAGAAUCAAGUCAAGAUUUCAAAAAGUCACUUGCAAAUGUUACAGCAAAGUAAUAAUGUAGAUUUCUUCAUUAUGAAAUUGUGCUGAUGUCUUUCAGGUUUGUUAAACAUUUUUUUUAACAUUUAACCUUUGAUAUUCAGUUACAGAGGGUUAAUUUGCUAACAAUAUUAAUGUAGUUGUGUCUUAUAUCCCAGACACGGAAAUGUCAUAAGAUUUUCAUGAUGUAUGGCUUAGAUAUUUUCAUUAAUAGAAUAAAUGUAUUUGCUU